GCUUCUUUAGCAAUUCCUGAUAUCACUCUUCUUGAAAUUUUACUUGAUAAGCUGAUAAUAUGCAAAAGUAUAUCUUAUGCAGCAGUUGCUGCUCAUACAGAUAAGAGUGGUAGACGUAAAUUGGCUGUUAUGCUUGUUGAACAUGAACCACAUUCUUCCAAGUUCCUCUACUACUAAGCAUUGGGGAGGAGGAUACAACUCUGACAAAGGCAACUGAAAGUGGUGAUACCGACCUUGUUUAUCUUGUCUUAUUUAAUAUCCGGCAGAAGGUAUCACUUGUGAUAUAUACUUAUUUUAAGUAAUUUGUAUGCCUUCAUAUACUUCAAUAGAUGAAUCCAUUAACAUUUGUGGAGUGCAAACAAAUGUCACUUUCUUGGGUUAUGAUUUAUUUGUCUUUUCCACAUACAUUUGUUAAACAUAGAGGCCACCGUUGGAGUUAUUUGGAAUGAUACAAGCCUGAACACUGGCACGUGAUUUAUUUAUCAGUUAUGCACAGUGGGUACACUCUAUUUGACUCUUUUGAGGGUUGUUUCUUUAAUCUGGGGACCUUGUUAUGUAAACCUGUUAUUAUUUCUUUAUUUGUGCAGAUACUGUAAGCAUGAUUUUCUGACAGACUUCUUUCUUUCGUCUGGGCAGCUUCAAGUAGGUUGACUCGACUUAUGUGGGCUAAAAUCUUGUUCCUGCAUUUUUAUUUUUCUUUUAAUGGACAUCAUAUAUUGGCUGCAAUAUGCUAUGUCAUUUGACCGAGUUAUUUGGUGGUUGGGCCACUUAUCUCCAAACAUCCUGCAUGUUACCAGAUGAUAUAUUUGUUUUCCAAUUUUUUUCAAUUGAAAAUAAGAAACUGACAGAGAGUUAUUUCAUGAUUCAUGACUUUGGGAAAUGAUGUGAGCUUUGUUGAAUUGCUAAGAGGAUAACCAUUGAGCAAAGAAAGAAAUUUCAGCAUAAUCUUAUUAUAGGUGAUGAUUGGAUAAUAAAUUUUGUUGAUUAUUAAUAUUUAAGAAGCAGGCAAUGUAAAACAAAGUGUGAUCUAUUUAUGAUUUUGUAUUAGUGUCUAUGUAUAUAUCAUAUCUAUAUGGUGAUUUAAACAUUUUAUGCUUGUCACAAUCAAAGUUGUUAUUCCUUUUCUAUUGAUACAGGAGAUGAAUAGUCAGUGUGAUGAGAAAACGUCUGAUUUUAUUUUUUGUAAGACAAGAAUAGUCUUUACAAAAAUAGUAAGUUUAUUCAUAUACUUCUAGCGGUUUUUUAAUAAAUUUAUGUUUUAUU